AUGCGCAACGUCUUUGUUGAACCUACGGAGUCGGAUUUCGUCGAUAUCUUCGAUCACGAGGUGUGUCGCUUCCGCAGUCAAAAGCUCUCUCCCUCCAAACUGCUUGAAAAUACCGCCUUCCUCUUAUCCCACGUGGACGAUGCCCUUAAGCUCUUCUCCAACCGUUCAGAGGAGAACUUGACCGAGUUGCGAAACGCCAACGUCCCUGCCGCUUCACAUGUCACUGGCCUGCAACCACGAGGUGCUCUAGACGGUCCGCCAUACAGUGCACUGCCCUUCAGUCAAUUGGAACACAUCCAACGCAUUAUCGCUGUCUACCUCUGUCUCCACGCCUAUCUCUGCGAGUACGUGUUAGCGGGAGAGACGAUAGGCGAACCUCUGAAUGAGGUCACUUCACCAGCACUAGAACGGAUUUCUGCCUUUGCAUCAUUUGGGGACAUUCCACCCACUGGCAAAGUCCUCGUGUCCAAUUCCUGCUCAUUUGACAUAAGUGAGUACCAACUCUUCGGUUGCAAGGUGGAGCAUCAAAGUGGGCAACACGAAAAGCAGUACUUCCUUCUGACCGAGUUGCAAAUUGUGUCUGUAGUACCAAGCCAUCGCAAAAUUGGUCUUGGAAUCGUCGUUUUCUGUGGACUCAUUCAGGAUACGGAACUGCGAUGUGACCCAACAGAUGACUGUGCCCUAAUCAUCGUGGCGUACAAGCCGGGUGAUCGAUCUAGGCUCACUGUGAGACGAACUAUGAUGGAGGCAGGGCCCGCCUUCUCUUCCUCUCCCUCCUCCUCCUCCUCCUCCCCAUUGCCCAACGUCUUUCCUAUCAUAAAUGCUAAGCUGCGAUUCUGCACAUCCUUCCAGUGCUCCGCAUUCUACAAAAUGGCGACUUAUAGACAGGAAAAAAUCGUCGCUUCAAAACAGGAAAAGUUGAAACAAAUGCUGAGUGUGUCGGAUAAACCAAUCCGGCCGAGUGUUCAAGCCAUACUGAGCGAGGGAGCGCCUAAUCAACCCCGUCUGCAUGCUCCGCUUACGAUCGCAAAACCACUGAGAAGCACUAGUUCAGCACCCACCACCCUCCUGCAAAAAGCCAGGGCCUACUCACUCUCAUCCGCCCCUUCUGUCAAUAAUCACGCCCCUCACGAUAUUCCUAAUUCCACUGCAAGCAAGACGACGGGAGAGAUGCAGGCCAUAGCAAUGGUAGACCUCAUGCGUCGACACAACACCUUUAGGACGACGUCCCCUGAGUAG